AUGGCGCAGGUAGCUAGGGCUGGCAGUGAUAGAGAAGGCUGUGGCGUGCCGACUUCAUUCUCAGUUUGCGCUCCGACUGGUCAUCGUAACCAGAUUCAUACCUACAAGACACCCCACACACAACACCCCACCCACACCCAACACCAACAACACCACCACCACCCCACCCCCACAACCCCCACCACCCACACCCCCCCCAACCACACACCACCACAACACAACAAAAAGCCACGACCCCACACCACACCACACCCCAACACACACACCCCCUACCGACCACACCCACAACAACCAACACACCACCAACCACAACACCACCAACCACACCAACACAACCCAACCAACACCAAAACCCAACAACACAACUAA